AUGACACUUCGCCCUUUGAUCAAAAGGGCCCGGGCGGUCUUUCAUCGGACGAAACUCGACCGCGAGGAGGCUGCGGCGAGUAGUUCGAUCGAUGUUGAUACUAGCAACGUCAAUCAGCCAAAGGCUGAUCAAACAUACCCCGUGGCAGACGAAGCCCUUCCAAACAAUGGCGCGGAAGUGCCCGGUGUUCCGUUUGAAGAGCUUCAGCAUGGUGUUAAAGACGCCGAGGCCAUUGCUCAAACCUGGUCCAAGCCUGCACUGAUCGCUGUUUUGAUCAAUAUUUGGUUCCUUUACUUCGUCUAUGCAUUCGUCUCAUCAGUGAAUGGCAGUUUGAGUACUUAUGUCGCCAGUUCAUUCCAACAACACUCCCUUUCUGGUCUCCCUACUGCGAUGGCCGAUGCAUUUUCCGCUGCCGUCUUCCUUCCCGUCGCCAAAAUGAUGGAUACCUGGGGUCGUGCGGAAGGCUUUGCGCUUAUGGUUACUUGUGCUACCGUCGGGCUGGUCCUCAUGGCUUCUUGUGACAGUUUCCCUAUUUAUUGUGCCGCCAAUGUCUUUUAUUACCUCGGCUUUAGUGGCAUGGAAUUCGCCGUAGACGUUGUGACCGCCGAUGUUACCCAGCUGAAGAAUCGAGCCCUAGCUUACGCUUUCACUUCCUCGCCGUACAUUAUCACGGCAUUUGCGGGACCCAAGGUUGCAGAGCAGUUCUACGACCACGUCAGCUGGCGCUGGGCAUACGGCACUUGGGCUAUCAUUUUCCCCAUUAUCGCUGCGCCUCUAUACUUUGUUUUGAAGUUUAACCUUCACAAAGCUCAUAAAGCAGGCCUUGUGACCGAGAAGGAGAGUAGUGGCCGCAGCUUCUUCCAAAGUGUUUGGUACUGGAUAAUCGAAUUCGACUUGUUCGGAGUGUUUAUUUUCACUGCCGGUCUGAUCCUGUUUGAGCUUCCAUUCGAUAUUGCAAGCGAGGCCCCUAACGGUUGGGGAACCGACUAUAUCAUCGCCAUGAUUGUGGUUGGUUUCUCCAUGUUGUUCUUCUUCGGAUUUUACGAGAAGUGGAUCGCCCCAGUUCCUCUUCUUAACUGGGGCUUCCUUACCAACCGUACUGUUAUCGGCGCAUGUCUAUUGGAUGCAACUUACCAGCUUUCGAACUACUGCUGGAACAACUAUUUCCAGAACUACCUCCAAGUAGUCAAUGACUUGAGCAUUGCCGAAUCUGGAUACGUUGUUAACACAUUCGACGUCGUCUCCGGUGUACUGUUGUUUGGUGUUGGAGCAGCUAUUCGUAAGACUGGUCGCUUCAAGUGGCUUCUCUAUAUCUCUGUUCCUCUCUACAUCUUUGCCCAGGGAUUGAUGAUCUACUUCCGUCACCCCGGUCAGAGUGUUGGAUACCAAGUUAUGUGCCAGAUUUUCAUCUCGAUUGGUGGAUCCAUCUUCAUCAUUGUCGAGCAGCUGGCUAUUCUCGCCGCUGUGGACCACCAGCACGUUGCCACAGCACUUGCUUUGCUCAACGUUGUUGGUACCAUUGGUGACUCCGCUGGUCUUACUAUUUCGACUACGAUUUGGAACAACACCUUCAAGAAGGCACUCAUCAGAAACCUUCCUGACUUGAGUAAUCUGGAGGCAAUUUACGAAGAUGUUGACACGCAGCUAAGCUAUGCGCCCGGCACUGCCAUGAGAGAUGCUAUUCAACAAUCCUAUGGUUACUCUCAAGUGAGAAUGCUUUCAGCUGGCCUGGGCGUUAUGGUUCUCGCCUUUGCGUGGACCAUCAUGAUCAAGAACAUCGACCUGAAGAAGGUUGCCCAGGUUAAGGGUGUCGUGUUCUAG